UCCUGGCUGCCUCCACCUCUGGGAAGCUUGGCUAUGAGGCUCUUUCUGAUCAUUGCAAUUCUGCUAAUCCAGAAACCCACAGAAACUGAACAACUUAAGAAAUGCUGGGGUCACUACAUACAAGGACACUGCAGGAAAGUCUGUAGAGUAACUGAAAUACGUGAGGUGCUAUGUGAGAACAGGAGAUACUGUUGCCUCAACAUCAAGCAACUGGAAGAACGGAAAAAAAUCACACAGCCACCUCGUCCCAGACCAUUAACAUUCGCGGCCACUUUUGCUUCAGACAUGGAAGAAGAAAUACUGCCUUCCUCAGACCCACCAGCAGAUCCUAUGUAA